AUGGGUCUCACAUUCUCAAAACUGUUUGACCGACUAUGGGGAAAGAAAGAGAUGAGAAUUUUGAUGGUUGGUCUUGACGCCGCUGGAAAGACAACUAUUCUGUACAAGCUCAAGCUUGGUGAAAUUGUCACCACGAUUCCCACUAUCGGAUUCAACGUCGAAACCGUCGAAUACAAGAACAUCCAAUUCACAGUUUGGGAUGUUGGUGGACAAGAUAAGAUUCGGCCUUUGUGGAGGCAUUACUUCCAAAACACCCAGGGCAUCAUCUUCGUCGUCGACUCCAACGAUCGGGAUCGUAUCGUCGAGGCACGUGAGGAGCUUCAACGCAUGCUCAACGAGGAUGAGCUGCGUGAUGCCUUGCUCUUGGUCUUCGCCAACAAACAGGAUCUUCCCAACGCCAUGAACGCAGCCGAAAUCACCGAUAAGCUUGGUCUGCACAGUCUCCGACAACGCGCCUGGUACAUCCAAUCCACCUGCGCUACCUCCGGUGAUGGUCUCUACGAAGGUCUGGAAUGGUUGAGCAACUCUCUGCGCAAAGCUGGUCACUCCUAA